CAGCACCUCGCUUUGUGCAUAGUCCGAACGUCUGACGAGGCACGAUCACAGCCUGUUUCUGAAGGCAGUGGGGAAGACGAUCCCAGACCCAGGCAGCGUCGCUGCUCUGGCUCCAGCAUGGCGUUGGCCGCACGAAUUGCUGGCUGUUUCCCCGCACUGUGUAGCAUACCAGCAGGUCACUUCCUGUCUAGGCAGCUGUCUCUAAACACCUUCCCAGCAGCAGCUUCCGUUCUGACAGUGAAGACCUCUCUCAGUCACGGCACCUUGUCACCCAGGGGAACAGAAACCAACCACUGUCUGGCCAGCUUGAGCCAUGCGCUGCAGACACAGUGCUGUGUUUCCUCUCCCAUCACUUGGACGGGCCAGCAGAGCAGGCCCUACAGCUUCUUCACCAAACUGACUGCAGAUGAACUCUGGAAGGGUGCCUUAGCAGAGACUGGCGCCGGAGCAAGAAAAGGCAGAGGCAAAAGAACCAAGAGGAAGAAGAGAAAGGAUUUGAACAGAGGCCAGAUCAUCGGGGAAGGACAUUCUGGUUUCCUGUGGCCUGGUCUGAAUGUCCCUCUUAUGAAGAGUGGAGUAGUUCAGACCAUUGGCCAAAGAAGCAGAGAAGAGCAGGAGAAGGUGGAAGCUGACAUGAUCCAGCAGAGAGAAGAGUGGGAACGGAGGAGGAAGGUCAAAGUUAAACGGGAGCGCGGAUGGAGUGGAAACACAUGGGGAGGUGUCAGUAUUGGCCCUCCAGACCCCGGACCCAAUGGAGAAACAUACGAAGACUUCGAUACCAGGGUUCUCGAGGUAAGAAAUGUUUUCAAUAUGACAGCAAAAGAGGGAAGAAAGAAGUCAGUCCGUGUGCUGGUUGCUGUGGGGAAUGGAAAUGGGGCCGCAGGUUUUGCUAUUGGGAAAGCCGCUGACCGGGCAGAUGCUUUCAGAAAGGCCAAGAACAGAGCAAUUCAUUAUUUGCAUUACAUAGAACUGUAUGAAGGCCAUACAAUAUUCCAUGAUAUUUCACUAAGAUUUAAAAGGACGCAGAUCAGGAUGAAGAAACAACCCAGAGGUUAUGGCCUCCGCUGCCACAGAGCCGUUAUCACCAUCUGCCGUCUCAUUGGCAUCAAGGACAUGUAUGCGAGGGUCACGGGGUCUAAUAACAUGCUCAACCUCACCCGGGGCCUCUUCCAUGGGCUUGCUCGCCAGGAAACCCACCAACAUCUGGCUGAUAAGAAGGGUCUCCACGUGGUGGAGUUCCGGGAGGAAUGUGGCCCUCUGCCUAUUGUGGUGGCCUCCCCACAGGGGCCCUUGAGUAAGGAGCCUGAGCCCGAGCCUGAGGUCCCUGACACCAAACUGGACUGGCAAGAAGUAAAGGCCAUGCAGGGAAUGAAGCGCUCAGUGUGGUCUGGGCUAAAGAGAUCUGCCACCUGAAGGCCCCCAGCCUGCCCGGCAGUGCCCAGUGCUGGCCAGCGCCGUGUGAUCUGGGCUAAAGAGAUCUGCCACCUGAAGGCCCCCAGCCUGUCCAGCAGUGCCCAGUGCUGGCCAGCGCCUGAAGAGACUAUUCUACCCCUGAUGUGCUGCCUUUUCUUUUUUUAAAGGAAAGUCCUACCUUCUUUGUUUUCAAAUAAAUAAUUGUAGAUUUUAUUUAUUGGGCACAUGGUAUAUAGCAGACCGUGUGGUGGGACUGUUAUGGGCAAAUACCAGGAGCAACUCAUCCAUUUAAACUAGCAAGUGUGAGUGAGAUGGGAGACAGCCAGGAGACCCAGGCAGAAGGAAUAUGCACAGCGAUUAUUGCUGUGAUAAUUAUAGGUAAUUAUAUUACUGAGUCAUCCAAAAGUGAGUGUUUUCUUUGAGGACUUCCCCUCAAUCUUUGGUCUUUAGCAGUUUCUCUGUGAUGUGCCUGGCUGUGGGUCUUUGGAUGCUAUUUCUGCUUGGUGAUCUCUGAGCUUUCUGGACCUCUGAUUCCAGUAGUAACUGGGAGAAAAUGUUGCCACCGCAAGGAUCUUUAUCAUUGUAUUCCCAUUAGUUUUCUUAUACCUUUUUUUUUGUUUCAUAGUUCUUAGAUUCACCCUCCCCUCCUCUUUCCUGCUCUGUAAGUUUCUCUUGAUGUGUCCUCCAUGUUUGGUCCAGUAGUAAGCCCAUUUAAAGAUGCUCUCUGUUUCUCUCGCAGCAUUUUGGGUGUUAUAUUUUCUUUGUUUAUUCAUAUUCUGAGUCAGGAUGUGGUGGUUGUAAUGAGAACAGUCCCCAUGGGCUCAUAUGUUUGAGUGCCUAGUCCCCUUAGUGGAACUGUUUGGGAAGGAUUAGGAACUGUGACCUUGUUGGAAGAGGUGUCUUUGAGGUUUCAAGAGCCCACACCAGGCGCCACCUUUAUCUCUGAUGCCUGUGGGUUAGGAUGUAAGCUUUCAGCCCCAUGCCUGCCCACCUAAUGCCAUGCUUCCCGCCAUGGUGAUAUUAAACUAGCCCCUGGAAACUGUAGCCAAUCCCACAAUUAAACGGUUUGUUUGUUUGUU